AUGGAGUUUCUUCGCAAAAUUUACUGCAGCGUAGCCGAGACCCUCCCUGACGUCAAAGAUGGUACUUUGUCAGAUGAUGACAUGGAGGAUGAGUCAGUUUUCAAGUUGGUGGCAACUCAACCCUUAGAGUCAGAACCAUAUGCGGAUUUCAAUACUUUGCGCUUGAAAGUGGAGGCAACCAUGGAGCCACUCCCUUCCUCUGGAAAGAGAGCCAAGCCAAGGAAGAUGAGAAAGUCAAUCCCUAUCAGAGAGGGAAGAACAACUGCUGAGUUUGAGGAGAGGUAUCUACCACCAGGCACCAUGCAAGAGUACUUUGUGCAGUAUGUGCGACAAUCUGCUUUGGAGCAGCCAGCGAGCUUUCCAUCGUUCUGGCGAGUCUGGGCUUCAAACUAUUCAUUUUUGAAGUUCCGCAGUGCAUCCUCCCACUCAAUCUGCACGGAAUGCUACAAACACAAGGCCUUGAUCAGUGCACUGAGCAGGCACAUCAGUGCACGACGAACCCAAGAGUCUCUUUAUCACCAGCACCUGGAAGAUCAAUUCAGAGAUCGAAUUUGUUAUUGGGAGGCAAGGGGUGAGAGCAGGUCACAAAGCAGCCGGGUGACCUUGAUCAUAGAUGGAAUGGAUCAAGGAAAGUUUGGGCUGCCACGGCAUAAGAGCGUCAACACCAAAGCUCUGUCUGGCUUUCAAAGGCCACGGUUGCACGUGGCAGCAGCCAUAUGCCAUGGCCACUUCAUCUCAGCAUAUGUCACGGAUGGAGACCUGUGCAAGGACUCCAACACGUCGAUGGAAAUGCUAUCCCAUUGCUUGGAUAUGCUUGGCGGCCGAAUCUCCCUCCACACUUGUGAUUUGGUGAUCCAAUGCGACAACACAUAUCGCGAAGUCAAGAACAACCAUAUCUUCAGGUGGGCCGCCGCGGUUGUAUCAUGUGGGCUUGUCCGCUCCCUUACGGUUAGCUCCUUAAGGAGCGGACACUCACAUGAAGAUAUCGAUCAGCUUUUUGGCCAGAUCGCAACGUUCCUCAAAACCCAGAGAUCACGAAUGACUCCAGAAGACUUUGUCGACAGCCUCAAAGUUUGCUUGUCUGGCCUUCAACGGCCAUUUGAGAAGGAACGACAUGUUUGGAAGCUGGAUCAAACCAGAGAUUGGCGUGGUUGGCUUUUGAGCGGCAUCCCUGCGAGCAUGAAGGGUGUUGGUGGCCCUGGAGCGCCGCAUAUCUUUGAGUUCCAUCGACUCUGUAACACAGGCGCGGUUGCUUUCAGAGUGCGUGUGACUCAACACCUGGUCUUGCCAUGA